AUGGAUAAAUAAGUAUAAAGUGAAUGCAGUAAAGUUUUGAAAUAGCUGCUUAAGUUACCAGAAUCAUAUCCUUUUAGAGAACCAGUCGAUUAUGAAUAAUUAUAGUUAUUUGAUUACCCUGAUAUUAUAAAAAAUCCUAUGGAUUUAGGCACGAUAGAAUAAAACUUAAAAGCAAAAAAAUAUAAAUAGCCUAAAGACUUCUUUGAUGACAUAUUUUUAGUGUGGAAUAAUUGUAAAAUGUACAAUCAAGAUGGAUCUAACAUUUAUUAGUAAGCUUUAAAUAUGGAAAAAGCUACUAAUGCUGCUAAAUAUGCUUUUGAAUAGUCCUUAAAAAAGCUAAAUUAAACCUAAGCACAAGCAACAUAAAACCAAUCUUCUUCAGCUGGCAUAGCUGGUAAGUAAAAAAAGACAGAAAAAUCAGUUAGUUCAUCUAUAAUUAAAAAGAAAAUCCAUAAAAACAAAGAAGGAAGCAGUAGCAUUACAGUAAAUACUAAUACAAACGUGAAUGUAGCAUCAGGAAAUAAUAAUAAUGGAAAUAACAAUAAUACUUAAUAUUAACAAUAAUAAAAUGUCUAGAGUGUAUAAUAUAGUAAAAAAGAAAGGCAACCACCUGUCAAUAAAAAUGAAUAAUAGUAAGAAAAAUAUGCUAAUUAGCAAGAAAGAAAAUAUGCUCAUAUAUCACUUAGAUUAAAUUUAGCUUUUAAAUUAAAAAAUGCUACAGAAGAUAAGUUAGUAAAUUUAUUUGCUAUGCUUGCAGAAAAACACCCUGAAACACUUUCAAAUAUAGAAAAUAGAGAACAAAAGCUCUCUAUGAAUUUGACCUAGUUACCUGAUCAAACUAUUUAAAAUAUGAUAGCAGCAUUAGAAUUCAAAGAUUGA